AUGCAGUGUCUGGAUGGCAGCAGGGCAACCGGGGACACGAGGCUGACACCGGCCCCAUCAGUGAGAGGAGGAAAGCGGAGCAGCGCCGGGCGCGGCCGUGGAGACGUCACGAGGCGGGGGUCAGGAACUGACCGGGCCAGAGACGGCGCCCAGGCGCCCGCCCCCUCGGGGAGUAAGCCGGCGCAGACGCAAGCAGAGCGGCGCGGGGAAGCGAAGCUCCGGGAAGCACCCGCCGCAGCACGGCCCCGCGCCCGCGGACAAAGGCGGAGCGGGCUACGCCCACGGGGCGGGGCCUCGCGGAUUCCAGGGCACAGGCAGGAAAGGGUCGGGUCGCCCGCCCUCUGCGAGGGCCGUGCCCGGGGAGCAGCUCUCCUCUCGGGCCCCUUUGUCUCCAAGCCGCUCGGCGCUGGGCUCCGGCCGGCGACACAAAGGGAGGGGUCGAGGACCGCGCAGGCGCGCGAGCCACCGAGGCUGCUGGGACUGGUGGUCCUGCCGCCGAAUGAAAUCCUGAAGGAACUAGAUGACUAUUAUGAGAAGUUUAAGCGCGAGACGGAUGGCGCCCAGAAGAGGAGACUGCUGCACUGCAUUCAGAGAGCCCUGAUUCGGAGCCAGGAGCUGGGUGAUGAGAAGAUCCAGAUUGUGAGUCAGAUGGUGGAGCUGGUGGAGAACCGAACCAGGCAGGUGGACAGUCACGUGGAACUCUUCGAGGCACAUCAAGAGGUCAAUGACACUACCGGCCACGGUGGCAAAGCCGGCCAAGAUAAGUCCAAGAACGAGACAAUCACACAGGCAGAAAAGCCCAACAACAAGAGGUCCCGGCGACAGCGCAACAACGAAAAUCGAGAGAACGCAGCUAAUAUUCACGACCACGAUGACAUCACCUCAGUAACGCCUAAGGAGAAGAAAGCAAAAGCCUCCAAGAAGAAGAAACGCUCCAAGGCCAAAGCAGAGAGGGAAGCAUCCCCCGCAGACCUCCCCAUCGACCCAAACGAGCCCACGUACUGUCUGUGCAAUCAGGUCUCCUAUGGAGAAAUGAUCGGCUGUGACAACGACGAAUGCCCCAUCGAGUGGUUCCACUUCUCCUGCGUGGGACUGAAUCAUAAACCAAAGGGCAAGUGGUACUGUCCCAAAUGUCGAGGGGAGAAUGAGAAAACCAUGGACAAAGCCCUCGAGAAAUCCAAAAAGGAGAGGGCUUACAACAGGUAGUUGGUGGACCUCACUGAGCAGUGAAGUGACAAGAUAAGCCCGUGUAUUUAUUACAUCGCCACCUGUGGUGAGGCACAAGGACUGUACAGUGUAUAUUUUUAAAGAAUGUUAGAAAAGGAGCCAUUCCUUUUGUAGGGAUGGCAGUCAUUCUCUUUACCUUUUGUUUUCAUUGGUACACAUGUGUAACAAGAAAGUGGUCUGUGGAUCAGCAUUUUAGAAACUACAAAUAUAGGUUUGAAUUAAACACUCAAGUGAGUCUCA